ACGGCGAGGUAGGGAGUCUGUUCACUCUCUCUUUGGCAUCAAAACACACACAGAGACACCUGGAGUCCAAACCUCUGCAUGUUUGUCCCUGCUACAGAGCCAAGGCAGAGGCACACGGCACCUGGGAUUUACUUUGGCUGCGGUCAGAGAGGAGGAGCACAGACGAGAGCCGGCAGGUGUUGUGACGGCCCUGUGAGGAGCUGAGCUAGGGAUGUCGUGGGACUGUGGCCUGAGGUACGUGUUCUCCAUGUCCCCUGCGCUGCAUCAUGGAGGCGUGUGUGUCCUGCAUGACAAGGAGGACCUGUCCCGGCUGGAGAUGGUCCAGAGACUGGCCAAGGACGGCUGUCGCCUCUUGCAGAGCCACGGCAAGCAAGGCCCCGAGAGGACGAGCGAGCAGCAGAGUGACGAAGCAGUCCGCGUGUGUCUGAGGGAGAGGGGCCACAAUGUGCUGGUUCUCCAGAGAGUGUCGUCAGAACAGCCGGCCCUCGCAGCAUCAGCGAGGGGAGGAGGAGGAGGAGGGGACAGAACGGAGAACAGGCACAGGAGGUACACGGUGGUGUUGGGGACCCCAGAGAAGAUCCUGGAGCACUUGCUCAGCGACCUGACGCUGGACGAGGACCACGGGACGCUGCCGGGCAGUGAAUCAGACACACUCCUGGAUGACUUCCUGCUGACCUACCUGGUGUUUAUGUCAACCAGUGACUUGUGUCAAGCAUUGCUGGGACACUAUGUCACCAAGCGAUACAGAGGAAAGGAAGAUGGAAAGGAGACUCUAGACAGGAAACGCAAAGUCCUGCACCUGGUUUUCCAGUGGAUGACCCUGUGUCGGGAUUUCCUGAGGGAGGAUGAGCAUGUCAAACUCUUCAUGAAGACGCUGUGUCGCUACAUACUGGAUGACCUUUAUGAACACCCGAGCCUGGAGAGGGACCUGAGGGAGCUCCAGAAACUCCGGCAGCUACAUCGCAGACAUACGGUGGAUGAAUGUUCUCCACACAGAAAGAGCAAAGCCCUUUUCCACCAAUUGAGUCUAAAAGAGAACGGGCUGCAGUCCAGGGGGAUUCAGAAGGAGACCAAAGAAGUGCUGUGUCAUGUGUACGUGACCAUAGACUCGUACCUGAGCGUGAGGGUCCCGGCUGGGGUUGUAGCCCAACAGCUGCUGCAGGCGGUGGCAGAGAGGAUGGAAAUCCCACAGGAGGAACUGGUACUAGUGGCCGUCUCUUACUCUGGAGGGCGGCUCCUUGUCCAGCCUCAAGACCGACUCUACUCUGACGCACUGACGGCAGCGGGCCGGCUGCACGUGUGCAGGAAGGACCUGAACCAAGUCGUGAGUCCAUUUUCAGAAAACUCGGAGUCACACCAGAGGACGGCUCACCUGCUGAGCAUGAACACUUGGGACGUGGCCGUUGCCCUCACCAACUUCGACUGGGCCAUCUUCGACUCAGUACACGAGCAAGAACUUGUGUAUUUCACAUUCAGCCGUCAUGCCAGCAGUCACCACACUGUGUCGCUGGAGCUUCUCCUGCAGCGCUGCAAUGAAGUCCAGCUGUGGGUGAUGACGGAGGUGCUGCUGUGUCCAACACUCUGCAAAAGGGUCCAGCUCAUCAAGAAGUUCAUCAAGAUUGCUGCCCACUGUAAAGCGCAGAGGAACCUCAACUGUUUCUUUGCCAUCAUCAUGGGGCUGAACGCCGCCGCCGUGAGCCGCCUGAACCAGACGUGGGAGAAAGUUCCCGGAAAAUUCAAAAGGCUGUUUGCUGAACUUGAGACAAUGACGGAUCCCUCUCACAACCACAAGGCCUACAGGGACUCCUUCAAGAAGAUGAAGGCACCAAAGAUUCCCUUUCUUCCACUGCUCCUCAAAGAUAUCACGUUCAUUCACGAGGGCAACAAGACCUUUCAUGACAACCUGGUCAACUUUGAGAAGCUGCACAUGAUCGCAGACACGGCGCGACUCAUCCGACUGUGUCAGAGAGAUCACGUGGGAAACGGCGACACCCCGAAGAGCAGCCCGGAAGUGCGAACCUACAUCGAUUACCUUCACAUUAUCGACAAUCAGCAGACUCUGUUUGAGCUGUCACACAGACUGGAGCCCCGUUCAUAGGAGCUUACAAUAAUAACAAUAAUAAUAAUAACAACAAUAAAAAGCUCUCACCUUCCACUCUGUCAGUUUAUCGGAGAGCCAAGAAAAUGCUGUUCCGCCGAGUCAUGCCUACAGCGUCUCACUCAGGACCCCGUCAGCAUCCGUGGCAACACUGCGUUACUCUGUUCGGCCACACGAGGGAGCCAGUCGACCGGGAAAACACACGGAGCAGAAACGCGGAUGACAUGAAAACCAGAUCUGAGGCCUGGUGAAAAAAUCUCACAUGCACACACGUGGUGAAGACGUUUAUAUUUAUGUGACGUUUUUCAGGCACCACGUGUACAUGAUGUCUGUUCAAUGUUCAAUGCCGUUUUAGAUAAAUUAGAAAAUGGGAUUUUGAAAGAAAAAUUGGUCUCGUUUCUAAACCAACAGAAGGACUUACAGUACAAACACGUGUUGCAUAAUCUAAUUUAUAUCCAUCAGCUCCUUAUCCUAAAGCCUCUUUAAAACAACUUAGACCCAUAACCUCUUCCAUUUAAAGCAGUGCAGGCCUGCCGGUGCAGCUUCUGUGUGUUUGUGUGUGUGUGUACUGGUGAUGCAUGUGGCCCUUGGCUGGAUAUGGAUCUAAAACGACCCGCAGUGCGUUUCAUCUCAACAGUCCUUUACAAGACCAACUCUGGCGAACAAACCGCCAGUAGUCCAGAGAUAAACACAGUUACCACAGAGCACACGCAUAUCAGCAGAAAUGCAGCAACCCUCAAUUCAGAAAAGUGUCUUCAACAAAUUAUUGUUUUGCCAAAUUGAAGGACGUGAAUUAAGAAAGACGAGUAGGGACGGUGUAAAGACCUACAGUACAGCUUGCUUAUACUUUUUUCAUACAUGGUUUUUACAUCUUUUUUUUCUUUGAUAGCCUGUGAUGAUUAUACCAUUUCCAUUGUUUGUCCAUUAAGACAGGGGGGGUGUUAGACAAGGCUUUACCAUAACGCUUCACUGAAGCUCUAUUGUCUGUACUGCAAUAUGUAAGAAUACAUGUGUGUGUGUGUGUGUGCGCGCAUGGGUGUGUGUGAGUUGUUUUUGACAGUCUUUUGGUUGCUGCGAGUGAGCGAGCAAAGAGUGCAUGCCCAUCUGAAUACGUUAUAUUGUUCAUAAUGUUAGUGCCAAAUAAAAUUGCCCAUUAAAUUUAAUGAUAGUUCCUGAUAUUUCACAGACAACCAUAGAAGUAAUAACUUGCUUUAGCUGUGGACAAUCAGUUAGAGAUGGUUCUUUAUCUCUGUAUCUGGCAGUAAACAAACAGCAAUAGAAGAACCAAGUACUAUGGCACCUUUUGGUCAAAAAAUAUAUGGAACAAAAGAGGAAAUAUUCCAGAAGCAUUUUGUUAAUUUAUAGUGUAUGGUGUAGAAAAUAAUGUAUUUAUUCUAUAAGUUGUCCAUUAAUGUAUAUUUCUGCCCUCAGGUUAGGCCGUUUUAAAUGGGCCUUGUGGAAUGAUGUAGAUGACUUCAUGCACUCUGUUCCUGCAAAUGUAUUUGUAAAUGAUGGAAGUUAAAGGCAGACUUUAAUAAAUGGAUGCUAUAUUGCAA